UGCAGAGGUUGUUUGCUGCCUGCUGUCUUGCAAGCCAGAUGCCACAACACAUUGUUAACAGCCAGCCAGCCAUCUCCAUUGUGCUGUCUAGGAUGCAUUGGUAUCUAGAUAUGGUAAAGUGAUUUGUAUAUUGGAAAAACUGAUACAUAGACAAGGAUAAGGUUCAGUUUGAGUUUGCAACAAGAGCUGGGAUAAGAGUAGUAGUUUUUCAGGCAACAGUGCCGACAAUAAAAAUAGCUUCAUGAUUACCACUCCUAUGCUAAAUGGGAGCAGUCACAGGGACAACCACAUGCCUUUUUUUGAGCCGGAGACUCUGAUCGUGGAGUAUGAGGAGACAGAGGAGGCUGGCGACCAGAGCCAGGAGGGCAACAAGGAGGCCAUAAAGGAGCUGAAAAGCUGCUUAGAGACUCUGGAGAGUUUCUAUGUCUUUGACAAAUUUCUGAGGACUGAUGAGAAGGUGGAUAGGAAUUUUCUCAGGAAGAUCCACAAUGGCAUUGCUAAGUGCCAACAUCCUAGCUGCAAAGGCAAGAAAGGGUUUACCUACAGCACUCACACCAGGAGCCACCUCAAGCAGCAUUACAAGAAUAUGCACAAAGACCAGCUCCCUCAGCUCUCUGCCGCCAUUGAGGGGCUCAACAAGCGCAGUCGCGCCCAGUCAAGGGAGAGUGAGAAUAGCAAGAAGCGUCAGAUAUGCUUGGAGGAGAGCUUGUGGACUAAGUUCAACCAGGAGAGAGCCAGGCAGUGUUACACCAGGUGGUUCAUUGAGACCAUGACACCUCUGGCUGUAGCUGACCAUCCUAGCACCAGGAGGAUGUUCUACCAUGUCAACCCUGAAUUCCACCCCACCUCGAGGAGGACUAUGGGCAGGGACAUUAAAAAGCUCAUAGAAAGGGGGAGGACUCAGGUGGUCAACCUGCUUUCCCAGCAGAAGUGGGUGGCCACUACUGCCGACAGCUGGACUGCCCACAACAGGGCCUUCUUGGGGAUGACAGUCCACUGGAUUGACAGAGACACCCUCAAGAGAUGCCAUGCAACUCUGGUGUGCAAGGAGGUAAAGGAAAGUCAGAUGGACCAACUCUGGGAAAACUCAUCACAGAGAUUCACCAGGACUUUAGCAUCCAUGGCAAGGUGGCAGCCACCAUCACAGACAAUGGCACCAAUUAUGCAGCCACCUUCAACACCUUUGGUGAGGCCAACCAGGAACCUGAGGAUCCUAACCCACAGGUUAUGGAUCUCAAGUGCGCCUGAGGGCUCAGGGCGACAACCCAAGUCUGCCGCCUCACCACCGCUGCAGUGCACACACAGUCAAUCUGUUGGCAACAACAGAUGUUCGGGAUGUCCAGGGGUCAGAGUGGUGGAGGACCACAGCCAAGAUACAGGCCCUAUGGAACCUUCAGAACAGUUCCCCAGUGGCAGCCAACCAAAUCAAGGCGGCCUUCAAAAGAAAGCUGGAGAUUCCAGUAAUGACUAGAUGGAACUCCCUCUAUGAUUGUGUGGUGGUCCUGUUGGAGGCCCUGAGUGUUGGUGACCAGCUGGAUGCCAUCAACACCAUCCUGAUCAACCACUACCAGCCCAAUGGGGUGUCUCCCAUCACAGAGGUGGACAUACGGAUAUGCUUGCAUAGAUGAAGUAAAUUCAGUGUUCAGAAGUGAACUGAAGAAGCCACCUUCAUACCCAGCAUUGUAUGUUGCAACUGCAGUGAUUUUAUGGUGCGUUCAUCUCAUUUUGGCAUUUUUCAAAUUUUUUCGCUCAAAAUUGAGCCAGCUUCCCCUUAAGAACUACUGGAGCUUUCAUGACUGAAACACAGGUGGAUGAGCUUCAAAAUGUGGGGUUGCAGAUAGACAAUUUACAUGGUCAAGGAUAUGAUAAUGGGAGCAACAUGAAAGGAAAACACAAGUGUUUAGCAGAGAAUUAGAAUCAUGACAAAUAAUGACUUCCUCCAACACACACCUUCUUCAAAUCCAUGAAAAUCCUUAAACUCUCUGAUCUAUCAAACUUCUCUAUUGCAUCUUAUAUGUUCAAACAGAUAAAUUCCAGCAGUAACAGUACUCUGACUCAAACCCAUAACCACUCCACACGCUACAGACAUUCUCUACAGAUUCCUCAUCACAGUUUAACUCUCUACCAACACUCUCUAAUGUUCAAAGGUCCCAAAAUAUGGAAUAGCACUCCAACAUAUGUAAAAAACUCAAUAAACAUAAACAUCUUUAAGAGAAAACUAAAAGAAUAUUUAUUGUCUCUGUACUGACACAUUUUGUAAUUCAACCAUCAUAAUUUUAUAAAUAGCUGUCAUGCAAUCUUUUUUUAAGUAAUACAUAUUUAUUUUUAUUAAUUAGUAUUGUAAUAAAAAUAGUCUAUAUCCUUUAUUUUUUAUCAUAAUUUUCUGAAUAAACUGUCUUUCAGUCUUUUUAAGUAAUACAUAUGUAUUUUAUUAUUUACAGUAGUAUUGUAAUCAAAAUAGUCUAUAUCCUUUAUUUUCUUGUUGUAAUCAAAAUAGUUUAUAUCCUCUAGCAUUUUUGUCUGUUUAAUUAUUCACAAAAACAUAUAUUUCUUUAUUUACAAUUCAGAUUCCAUUUUUCAUGUAAAAUUAUUAUUUAUUUAUUUAUUGUUUCUUCCCUUUCCUUCCUGUUCUCUUAAUGUCAGUUAUCCCCAAGUCCUUUGUUUUUUCAAUACUAUUUUUUUGCAUUAUCUUCAGUUAGGUUUUUAGUUUAGCUUAGUUAAGUAAGUUAGUAGAUAUUAAGUGUGCCCAAAAAGCUUGUGCUUAAAAAAGGGGCUAUUUGUCUUCCAAAUUUAUUGUACCAUAAAUUAUAAGUGUAUUACAGACAAAUAUAAUAAAGUAUUUAGUGUUUAAA